GAUGCAACGCGUAACUUAAUCAGUACCUCUCACAGCAGCAUUCUAAGGUGCAUUGAAAACAGACAAGCAUUGGAUAUUACGGAUCAGAGGUUCUAAGAUGUUUCAUUUGAAGCGGAUUUCUUUAAUGGCAUUGGCAAUCGCGCAGAUGAUCGCACUUUCAAUUGCCAUUGGAUCAGUUGGAUAUUUCAUGGAUGAAAUGAAAAAGCUUGCUGCUGAUGGGUUAACUUCUUAUCAUCGUUUGGUCGACAUGGGAAUUUAUGGUAGACAUGAAUUUUUCUUGACUGCAGCGGCAAUUGGACUACUAUGUAGCACAAUAUCGUUUAUUAUUACAAUUUUAAACCGUCAGGAAAAUCCGAAAUUCGCCGCACAGAUGGUCACACUUCGCGCCCUUUGUUCCAUAUUAAUUUUGAUCUCUGCAUCACUCCUUACGAAAACAGAGAAAACGUACGCCAAACAAAAAGUAGGUGGAUGCAAGUCCCUCAAAGCCAGCCCCAGUGACGCUCGAUGUGGUCAGCUGACAGUUGGUGUGGUAUUUGCCUUUUUCUCUAUGGUGCUGUUUAUUCUUGACGCGUUAAUUUAUAUCUCCAAUUUGUUAGAGUAUCCAAGAAUGGGUUUUUCUAACAUGGAUAACAAUAAUGCAGAAACUUGAGAACAUCAAACCCUCACGGCACAGUAAAAAAACUAAACUUUUGUUUUCUCCUACUUUUAGUAAACAUGACAACAUGCAAUUAAAGUAAAUACAACUUAUAACUUCAAAAUAAUUAGUAAUCAGUAAUAAUAAUCAGUAAUAAUUAAAAAUCAGAAUUCUAUACUUUCCAUUUAUCUCCAUCGGAAAUACAAUUAAU